UUGAGUAACCCGGAAACACACACACGGAUGUGGUAGAGGAGGUAGGCGAAUAUUGAAGGCGUUUAUGCUGCAAAAGCAUCUAAAAUCAUUGCAUAAAAAACAAAUUUUAUCCUCCAAACUCAGCGGAGACUUUUUUCAAACCCUUAAGGAGAAUGUUAAGAUUAAGAAGUCAACCCCUUCAGUCUGUUAUGAUGUUUGGCUCAUCCAGCAGUUAAUAUUUUUGAAUGCCACAUGAUGAAGAUUGUAACUUUUGAUGAGUUUCACUGGACCAAGAACUGUACGAGGAUGCUGAAUUAAGAUUUGGGACUUCUCCAGUCACCUUUUGUCCAUCAUGUUUGUGACAGCAUACCUUGCAUUUAUAGUCCUGAUGGGACUGUGCGUGACUUUAGAGAUCACAGCCCGCCGACUCAACUCGUCCCAGGCCACACAGACAGCGGUUGCCAAUCCGGCUUUCCGUCAGUUCCAGAAGCUCUUUCUGAAGGCAUAUCUCCUGGCCCUCUGGGCAGACUGGCUGCAGGGACCUUACCUUUAUAAACUCUACCGACAUUACAACUUCCUGGAGUCUCAGAUUGCCAUCCUGUACGUAUUCGGUCUGGCUUCUUGUGUGCUAUUUGCUCCAGUGGCCGGAUGGCUACCACAGUUUCUGGGGCGGAGACAGACGUGUCUCCUUUUCUGCCUGACUUAUUCUGUCUGCUGCAUUACCAAGCUGUCACAAGACUAUUUUAUACUAAUACUAGGACGUGUUUUAGGAGGCCUGUCCACCUCUUUGCUAACCACUGUGUUUGAGGCCUGGUAUGUGCACGGUCACGUUGACGUCCAUGAUUUUCCCAAAGAGUGGAUUCCUGUUACCUUUGGUAAAGUUGCAGAUUGGAAUCACGGACUGGCAGUUGGUGCCGGGCUGGUGGCAAACUUGUUUGCCGAAUGGCUUGGGUUGGGACCAGUUGCUCCAUUUCUCUUGGCGAUCCCCAGCCUUGCUGCCUGCGCCUGGUUUGUGCUGUCUGAAUGGGGUCAGGAGGAUAGACAAGAGGGUGCCAGUGGAGACAAAAAUGCCCCCCUUCUCAACCCCCUACAUGCCCCCAAGUUGCAAAUGUCAACAUGGGCCCGUUUUUGGCGAAGCUGUCUGGACGGGCUGCGCUGCUUGCUGUCGGACCGCCGUGUUCUGCUUUUAGGUGGCGUUCAGGCUCUUUUCGAAAGCGUGCUCUAUAUUUUUGUAUUUCUUUGGACUCCUGUACUGGACCCACACGGCCCGCCGUUAGGAAUCGUGUUUUCCUGUCUAAUGGCGGCCAGCAUGGCUGGUUCCACACUUUUCCGGCUGGCCACAUCAGCCCCAUAUCGACUCCAACCUGGUCAUUUGCUCUGCCUAGCUGUUCUGCUAGCUUUCUUCUCCUUCUUCAUGCUGACAUUCUCCACUGUGCCCGGUCAGCCCCGGCCGAGGGAAUCUCUGCUAGCCUUCCUUCUGCUAGAACUAGCCUGCGGGCUUUAUUUCCCAUCGGUGAGUUUUCUCCAAGGCCGAGUGGUUCCCAUGGAGCGCAGAGCCGCCGUGCUGGCCUGGUUUCGUUUGCCUCUUCACCUCCUGGCUUGUCUGGGGCUACUGGCACUUCACGGGGAGGUGUCUGGGGCCGGUGCAGGGGAGGCUGGCAGUGGCACCAGACACAUGUUUGCAGGAUGUGCGGCGAUGAUGCUGGCCGCUCUGCUUGCUAUCGUCAGCCUUUUCACCUUGGGCAGGAAUGAUGCCGACCUGAGACUAGAGGGGAACAAAUUAGAGGGAGAAAUCUGAGUUGUAAAAAGACGGACACUGGAUUCCAAUAGGAGGACUUUGGUUUUAUAUGCUUUUUUUUCUUUAUGAAUGCUGUUUUAGUUUAAUAAUUGUAUUCAUGGGUUAAACAAAUCAUAAAGUACAUGGUUUAUUUUUUUUCUUCUGAUUGCAAUGUUAAUAGAACCAAUAAACUCUUUAAAAUCUGCAAA